CACACUUCAAAUAAUUAUCAAGUUUCUAGAUCAACACAAGAACAGCCGAGACUAACACCUCACAACAUUGACUUCGGUUUUUUUUUCCCGCAAUAUUCAGCAAAACCUUCCCUUUCUCUGCCCUAAAUUUACGCUCGACGCGACCCCACGAUGCCUCCCAAGGAGAAGUCCACCCCGGAUUCUGCGCCCUCCCAUGAGAUCACUGGACAGAGCGCUCUUCCUAGUACGCGAAGUAAACCCAUCGUAAUGGAUAUCGCCGGUUGACUGGUUCUGCAGUUUCGCGGAUAAAGAAAAUCAUCCAACUAGACGAGGACAUAGUACAAUGUUCAAGCAACGCUACGUUUGUAAUCGCGAUGGCUACAGAAAUGUUCAUCCAAUAUCUCACAGAGCAAGGGCAUAAUGUCGUCAAGUCCGAACGGAAACCACGGAAGCUCAUCCAAUACAAAGAUUUAGCUACGGCGGUUUCGCGGAUCGAUAAUCUAGAAUUCCUCUCCGACGUUAUUCCCAAGACGACCACCUAUAAACAAUUCAAGGAAAAGAAGGCCAAGGAAGCCAUCAGAGAAGCCGAAAUCGAGAAAGGACAGCGCACAUUGAAUGGAACGGUACCGCAUGCCAAUGGAGAGUCAGAGCAUCAGGAGGAACUACAAGCUAUAGAAGAAAAGCCAUCAAAGAGCCCUCGGACACCGGUGGUCAUGCAUGCGACUGGCGCAGUGAGCACGCUGGUGGUCGACCGGACUGUUGACAACCAGAGCAAGGGAGAGGAUGGGGAUGUGGAAAUGAUUGACCAGUGAACUGGACCUCUGUAAUGUUCCAAUAUCAACCGAUGGAGUUGCAUGUAUGGGGAGUUCUGGGUUUGGGUGCUUCUUUUGUUGGCAAAAAGAUCGUGUUAUGAUCACUUUUGCAUUUGGGUUAAUUGGGAAUGGACGGAACGGGAAAUCACGGGCAAAAUGGUCUCCGUCAGCUUGGGAACAAGUCAACUCGUUGUUUGGGUUACCUUUAUAUAUCAAAGAAUAGAGUAAUGAAAAAACAAAAAAAGAAAUAAAAGUAAAUUAAAUUUAGACAUGAAUAACGUGAGCUAAUUGCC